AUGUCUAAAAAGAGUUUAAAUUCACUAAAAGUACCUAAAAAGGCAGCAAAAGAAUCUACCUUAGAGCCAGUUGAAAUUGAUUCCAAUGAUUUUACGGAAGAAAUUGGUGUGCAUUUGCAAGAUACCUAUCGAUUUCGAAAGCUUGCAAAUGAAGCCAUCAAGAUUGAAAGUGCCUGGCUUAUCCACAAUCGUAGCUUAGAUGAAGAAUUUGUAAAAGCAAGAAAACGGAUGCAAAUUGGAGAUUCUCUAAAUCAAUCAAAGCCAGUUAAUGUUUCUUCCUUUUAUGGCUUCUUAUUUUCCAAAAGUUGGAAGGUUGUUAUAUCAAUUGCAAAUAACGGUUUGAAAGCUGGUAACGUUCAAUAUACACGUCUUGGAAAACCCGAGAAUGGAGUUGUUUUAAGCCAGUGUGCUGAUAUCGGACUUGCCCAUCUUUCCUACUCACAGUCCCGAGGGGAUGAAUCGUACUAUGCGGAUGAAUUGGAAGCGGAAUCCGAUUCGACUUGUUUCUAUAUAAUUCUAGUCCGGUGGUUAAAGAGCAAAGUUUACAUUGUCUCACUGAACUCAGAAUCGGAGGAGCAUAAUCUGGAUCCCCAACCUAAUCACACUUGUCAUAUGACAAAGUGGAGCCGUAUGGAUCCUCUUGAUCCAAACAAACUCUCCCUGUCGGACGUCUUUCAUUAUAACCAAGUCUACCUAUACGAAUACAAUGACGACUUUGAAUUAAAAACAAGUCUUGAUCAUGUUGUGCCUUUUGCUGUGAUCAAGUGCCAGUGGAACAUAACCCCGGAAAUUGUGUCUACGUUCAACACUUUAAAUGAUGGCCUCAUUUUAAUUUCAUGUCCAAAGAAAAACGUGAGCAAUCCGAAAAAGUCCCUUCUUGGUUCACCCCCGUCUUCUUUCAAGAUUCCCGUUUGUGAAAGCAGUGUCCCAAAUGCUGAUAAAGUGCUCAAAAGAGGUCGUCACGUAUCUGCUCUAUUUGCAUCACCCGCGACUCCCUCGUAUUCAUUUGGAACUGUACCAACAGUACCAGAAACGGCAACAGAUUAUCCCAAAUAUCCCAUCCGCAGAAGAGUCAAGCAUGUUCCCUUGCCAAUCAGCCCCUCCGAUCCUCUUAUAGCAAGUGGUCGGGCUAGGCUGGCUGCUUUGGAGAAGAGGCCAAUCAAUUUCCCCACUCCGAACGGGAAUGUUCCCUCUUCGAGCAUUGUAAAUACGUGUUAUCUUGUUUGGCCGGUUUCACACCAACUAGGCCACUCUGAUGGUGCGGCUAUCAACAGUUGGCAAUUCCCUGUGGAUAUUUUGUCUUUCUAUGGACCAACGGCUGGGAUAUUUGAGGGCCUGCAAGUCUAUUUGCUUUUUUUGUUUCCUCGGCUUGUAAUCUCAGAUUUGAUCUCCUUUUCCCAUUUGCAUCACGAGUUGGCAGGUAUCCGAGAUCCGAUCACCUCUCCACUCGAUCCAACCGUUAGUUCUGAUGUUCGGGAUCCAAGGAGACUGAGAGAACAGCUUUCGAAUCCUGCCCCACAACCCCCGCCCUCUUGUCUUCCCUACGUUCGUAUUGAUUGCCUCCGAGAAUGGACAGUGCCGAAUAAGGAGAAUGUUGAGAAUGUUUCCCGCGAAACGCCUGGUCAGUUUGCAGGAUAUAAGGGAAAUUACUUCCUUCUUUCUUUGCCAGAAGACUACAGACAACAGGAACCAAUAAUCAAAUUGUUUGAUACAUUAAAAAUGAGGGAAUUGGCCUGCCUUAUCAAAAUGCCUUGCCAAACAACUGCGGUUUUGUACAUAUUUCCGGAUUCCGAAUUCUCAAAGUCUAUAGGUAUACCAAGGCUAAUUGAUCCCGAGGCCACUUCUUUUCAUGGAAUACUACUUCUACCUCAUUCUCUUUUUCAAACUCCAAUUGAAAAUUCCGUAUGUCCUCAUAUUAACUGCUCUGAAAGGGAAGAACCAAAUGCCCAAUGGAGUAUUCUUACUACCCAGUUCGUAUCGGGUUUGCCGAAUGGAGGCGAAAACUAUCGUCAGAAGAGUCAAGGAAAUUCAGCUAAUGCAGGUGCUGAUUGCAAUAUGGAUGGCCUCAUUGAUGUGGAUGACCCGUUCAAUUUCACACCAAUGAGUCCACAGGAAGCUUUAGAUUCCUUUGAGGAAGGUGAAGUUACUGAAGUUCUCCCAAUCCCUGGUGCACCAGUUUGUGGAAAUUCUGGCGAUUCCUCUGCCGCUUCUUGUGAUAUGGAAUUAGAGACUUCAAUUGAUUCUAACAUCCCUAUCUCUCCUGUAAAAUCAUCCUCCCACUGUUUCAGUGCGGAUGCUGCUGAAAUUCCCGUUCCAGAAAUUCCUGUUCAAGUCAGCCAUCAAUUCCUUCUUCCUAAUGCUGUUGACUCUGAUUAUAACGCUUGGAUUAGGCAGAGGAAGGAACAGGAGAAGGUUCAUGAGUCAUCUUUAGAUGUUCGUAGCUGUGAAUACUUCAGUCCAGAGAGUCCUGAGCAAGUUAUUGAUCUUGGAGUUAUGCCCUCUACACAAAAAUCUUUUAGAUCUCGAAAUCAAUUUUCCUCCACACGUAAACGUUCACCCAAAGAGGAAGAAGAAGGAGAGAUUGUUGAUGAUGAGGAGGAAUCAGAUUCCUCAAUUGAAAAAUAUCGCUCAUCUCAUCGCCACAACUAUAACGACAGCAAAUUCCGAAAAGAUAAUUCGAGGGAUCGGACAUAUUCAAGACGAAGGCGUUCGCCGCGGUCACCAUCUCCGAUACAUAGAAAACGUUCUAGAUUUUCACCACAACCCCCUCUGCCACGUCGUAGGUCGCCCCCACCUUCUAAAAAACGGGAUCGGCAUUUGUCUGAUGUGGACUAUCGAACAACAAUAUGUCGUCCAGAGAAAAGUUCGGUUAGUCCGAGACAUUCGCGGUCGAAACCGGUUGAGAAGGAUAUGGACUAUAGAGGAUAUGAUGUAUACGUACCGAAAUAUACAGAACAAUCCAAGGUACUUCCACCAAUGAAAGUUUUCGAUUAUAGCAGUAAAAAUUCUCUUCUUGGAAGUGGUGAUGGGCGAGGAAGAUAUAUGGGUCGUAAUGAGAGGGGAAAUUCAACAAGUGUGCAUAGCCGGUUCCACACUAGAGAUUCCACGUCAUCACCACCACUUCAUCCUUCGUCUCAUCGACCUAAAUGCUUGAUUGAUCGUGUUCCACAACUUCCGCCUACUUCUUCUCUUUUACCCUCAAAUGUACAGCGUCAUCCCUAUUCGUCGUAUAACCUGAAUUCAGCACCUAAUUCAUCCCUUAGAAGGGGAAGGGGUCAUGUAUUAACAGCAAGACAUUAUAUAAAUUAA